AUGCCAUCAAUGUGGUUAAUUCGUAGACUGAGUUCCAUGACGGACCUUCCGACCCUUAUAUUUCAAGGGGUAUCUGACGCUGAUCUUGAAGCCCUAUUGGCAAUUUCUCUUCUCGUAGGGUCGGAAAUUAAACUCGAAACCGUUCGACGCCAAUGGAGAGUUGGGGACGCCAUCACAGGCAGGUCAUCUUCCCACUGGGCUUCCAUCGCCUAUGCCAGAGGAGCGGAGCAAUUCUUGCACUAUGGAGUCCGUGGGUUUCUGGUAGACUUUGAUAGCUGCAUCCAGCAGGGAAACAUGAUAGAAAGCGUGCAGCGGUCGACAGUUCUCUUUACAAGUCAGAUCGCCAUGCUUGAGAGUCUGGAUCCGCGACCGGUCGAAUUCCUUUCAACAGUGAUUGCGGAGUUCUAUGAAGGUUAUAUCGGAGGGAGUCACGAGGCGCAACCCUUCGAUAGUUCCAACAAAGCACAAUACGGCUUUCAUAUGCCCACAGCUGUCAGAGAGAUAGUAGAGCUCAAUAUUGAAACCAUAGAUGGGGUGAAUCCUUUUUCAGGACAUUGCUCAUCUAAACUUAAGAAAUAUACGAAGCGUAGCGCCACCUCAGAAAGCAGGAAUAUGGCCUCCAUCCUGAACCAUGUAGCCAACAAGCUCAGUCCCUUCAUCAUAGUCGAUCUUCUUCCAGUUUUUCGGUUCUACCUGGAUCCUCCCAAAAUAAUAGUCGUUCACGAUUCCCCCUCAACCCCAGGCCAACGCUCGGGGGACGAGAUGCCCAUGCCCUAG